CACGCACAUGCGCUCUACGCGUAGUCAGCAAACCCAAAUCGGAAGUUCUUAGCUUUUAAGUUGCACGUCCUGCGUUAGGAGGACAUAUUUCAGCCAAAAUGAUCAGUAAAGUAAUCGGUCAGAAGUAUGUGUCCAUUGCCAAAUCAUGGAUCCCAACUAUGACUGUAUGGGGCACAGUUGGAGGCGUAGCUCUGGUCCAUUUCACAGACUGGCGAGUGAUUUUGGAUUAUGUCCCCUACAUCAGCGGCAAAUUCAAGAAGGAAGAGUAGUGGCACUCAGUCAGGUCAGUGCUGUUUUUUUACACAAAGACUAAAAUAAUGGACAAGAACUGCUGCAGCCCGUACCUUGCGUGCCAGGCCACUGGAAGCUGUCAUCUUCAUCCUGCAGCUCAAUCAACAUUGAACUGUUCACCAUCAGCAUCCUGUGAAAUGCACUGGACUUAGGCAUUUCAACAUUCCUCAACCAGUGAAAACGUGGAUGGAAGGAAUAUGAAAACACUCAUGAUAAUUGGACUUUUUUUCUUUUCCCACUUAGUUUGGGGGUCCGGUAUUUAUUUGAAUCACCAGUCUCCUGUGUGUCGAACCUGCCUCUCAAAUGGAAACAUCUUCCCUUCAUGUCAUACUCUAAUUGUUUUGAAAAGUUGAAGUAAAGUAUGUGAGAUCAGAUGUAUCCUA